GCUCUAUUCCCACCCGAAUUACAAUCAGCCUCGCAGUAUAUUCAGCCAUUUUGAACUAGCUUAAAGUGCAGUCUUUCUUCAACCUGCUCAACGCAGGCUGCAGGACAUUUACUGGGUAUAAUAAUAAACUAGCCGUUCGAGUGAGUCUUCCAGUUGGUCAAGAAAGCUCGAAAGGAGACGUUGAAACACGCCAACACCGAUCAAAGAGAAAUAUUUGUCGUUCAUAGUAUUAUAGCGUCAAAAUGAGCACAAAUCCAGGUAGCAGUGGGUACAUGUCUCCGAAAGAUAUGCUCGAUCUUCUUGAUCAUCCCGAGAGCAUCGGUGGCGCCAAGGACGGAAAGGGGUUAAGAAUCGUUUAUGAGAAAGAACAUUUGGACUUGAAGCCGCAACUCUUGUCUAAAUUUGCACUCGCGUGCUUCAUUGGGAUUCUCGACGUAGUAAAACAAGGAAUAUCUACUGGGUCUGCUCCAGAUCUUGUUGGAACAGAGACUCCAAUUAAAAUCGGUUAUGCAUCGUUAGUCGUUCUCGGCGCGCAGCGGAUCAACGGUGGGACGAAGGAUUCGCUUCAGCACCUUACGACUUUGAGACACCUACUUCAGCAAGGUGCACCACCCGAUGUUCCCGAUAGCAUGGGCUACACAGCCUUACAUCACUCUUGUGCUUCAUCUUCUCCCCAGCCUACUCUCGCACGCGUGCUACUGCAAGAGGGUGCCGACCCGAAUUAUCGAAACCGCUAUGGCGAGAUCCCUAUUUUUGCACCGUUUCGUUCGAACAAUAUCACUCUCGUUGACUUGUUAAUGAAAUAUGGCACCAACUUGGACAUUGUUGAUGUGAAUGGAGACCCCGUGCGAUCGAUUUUUGUACACUUUGGACCACAAGUCACCGCUACUGUGAGAAGAUGGGAGAGGAAGAGAAUGGGAGAAGAUGCGCCAUUGGAUGAUAAGCGGUGUGAGGGAUGUUCCAAAAAGGCGGAGGGUAGGAUAAAACAGUGUUCAAACUGCCAUACGGUGCGGUAUUGUUCAACUGAAUGUCAACGUGCUGACUGGCAGAACCACAAAUCCAAAUGCCAGCCCUUCUCCGCUCCGAAUGUCGUGACACUCAGGCCGGACUACCAAUCGUAUAGUACAGUGUUCUCUCGGGCUGAUUUCGCCCGACAGGCGUUAGGUAUACCGGAAUAUUCUGCCUCAGAACGCCGACAUCGGCCACUCACGAAGGAUCUGAGUGAUCACGAGCCCAACAAGAGUCUUGUAGUCAAGGUUCAGGUCCCUUUGGUAUCAGCGCUCAUCCUGACAGGCCCAGAUGUGGGCGACUUACUCGUGUACAACAAAAAAAAGGAUUUCAUAUGCAACAUUCGUCAAGCCGAAAAUAGAGGGAACUACGAAAAGAUAGUGAAAGUUGUACGAGCUAAGGGCAUCAAUGGGAUCAAGGCCUACUUUGCAGCAGAAUUGAAAAACAGGUACGAGUUGGUGGUAAAAAUAUCAGAGGUAUUGGCAGAGCAACCGUUUUAAUUGUAACAUCGGACUUCCGGCUUUGGAUAUUAUAAGCAUUGCAUGAUGUGCUAAUGUACAGUAUGAGAUGGGUAAUAACACAGAAUUAAUGACUGGCUCACU